AGGAGGGAGGAGCAGCAGGAGCAAAAGAAGCAGCGCCUUUAAGCACUACAACAGCUGCUCCUCUGAUUGGCUGGAUGGUUCAGCUGCGUCCCUGGAACAAAAGGUCAAAGUGGACUGCAGUGUAAAUGUAGAGAGGCGGCCGAUAAAAUAGCAUUGCUUGAAGAAGUUUGGAGGCUGGGAGCAGCAGCACACUGGCUAACUGCAGAGCAAGUCGCUUCUCCAGCUGUGAGGUGCAGCCUCACCCCCAAGCCCAGCUUAGCCACUGUGAGAAGACGUUUCCUGUAUAGGCGGACCCAAUUGGCGUGGAAGAGACAGUUGUGAGGGUCCCUGGCAAAUUUAUAUACAAGAAUGGCCUGUGAAAUCAUGCCUCUCCAAAGUUCGCAGGAGGAUGAAAGACCUAUGUCACCUUUCUAUUUGAGCACGCAUGUAUCCCAAGUCAGCAAUGUUUCAACAACUGGAGAACUCUUAGAAAGAACCAUCCGGUCAGCAGUAGAGCAGCAUCUUUUUGAUGUUAAUGGCCCUGGAGGCCAAAGUUCAGAGGACUCAGAGUCUGGAACAUCAUCAGCGUCUUCUUCCACAUCUGCCAGACAGCGCCGCCGCCAGUCCAAAGAGCAGGAUGAAGUUCGACGCAGCAGAGAUGUGGGACUUAUCGACAAAGAAAAUAUUCCUUCUGGGUUCAGCAGCCUUGAAGAUUGUAUUUUGAGUGCUCAGGAAGUGGAAAAGUUGUAUGAAAAUACUUCUGGUUGUGUUGGAGAAAGGGGCAAACCUAAACGUCAGAAAUCCAGUUCCAAACUCUCUGAACUCAAUGAAAAUCAAGAUGGUCUUGUGAAUAUGGAAAGCCUCAACUCCACACCAUCUCAUGAGAGGGCUGGACCUGAUGAUGUUGAACUGAUGUCCGACGAAAGCAAAGAAAAUGAAAAAGACGGCAGACAUACCCAGCAUUUUGAGAACCCCACAAUGAAGAUUCAGGAGCACUCCGGCAUAACUGACACCAAACUGCAGAGGACCCAAGAUGCUGAUGAGCAGCAGGAGAGCUUUGUCUCCGAAGUGCCUGAGCUGGACCUGACUGCAUUGUGUGACGAGAAGAGCUGGGAAGAGCCAGUCCCUACCUUCUCGUGGCAGCAGGAGAACGUGGACUCCGACGAAGCUCACCUCUCCCCACAGGCUGGGCGCCUGAUUCGUCAGCUCCUGGAUGAGGACAGUGACCCCAUGCUCUCUCCUCGGUUCUACGCUUAUGGGCAGAGUCGGCAAUACCUGGAUGACACAGAAGUGCCUCCUUCUCCCCCAAAUUCCCAUUCUUUCAUGAGGCGACGGAGCUCCUCUCUCGGGUCCUACGAUGAUGAGCAGGAGGACCUGACACCUGCCCAGCUCACGCGACGGAUUCAGAGCCUUAAAAAGAAGAUCCGAAAGUUUGAAGAUAGAUUUGAAGAAGAGAGGAAGUACAGACCUUCCCACAGUGACAAAGCAGCCAAUCCAGAGGUUCUAAAAUGGACAAAUGACCUUGCCAAAUUCCGGAAACAACUUAAAGAGUCAAAACUAAAGAUAUCUGAAGAGGACCUAACCCCCAGGAUGCGGCAGCGAAGUAACACGCUCCCCAAGAGUUUUGGUUCCCAGCUUGAGAAAGAAGAGGAGAAGAAGCAAGAGCUCAUGGAUAAAGUAAUAAAGCCCAGCGUUGAAGCCACACUGGAAUCCAUCCAGAGGAAGCUCCAGGAGAAGCGGACAGAAACCAGCCGUCCUGAGGACAUUAAGGAUAUGACCAAAGACCAGAUUGCUAAUGAGAAGGUAGCUCUGCAGAAAGCUCUGCUAUAUUAUGAAAGCAUCCAUGGACGGCCGGUAACCAAGAACGAACGUCAGGUCAUGAAGCCGCUGUAUGACAGAUACCGGCUGGUCAAACAGAUCCUGUCCAGAGCCAACACCAUACCCAUCAUUGGAUCCCCCUCCAGCAAGCGGAGAAGCCCUUUGCUGCAGCCAAUUAUUGAGGGCGAAACUGCUUCCUUCUUCAAGGAGAUAAAGGAAGAAGAUGAGGGCUCAGAAGAUGACAGCAACACAAAGCCGGACUUCACAGUCACUCUGAAAACCGAUUUCAGUGCACGUUGCUUCCUGGACCAAUUUGAAGAUGAUGCUGAUGGGUUUAUUUCCCCAAUGGAUGAUAAAUUACCAUCAAAAUGCAGCCAAGACACCGGGCUUUCAAACCUCCAUGCUGCUUCAAUACCGGAACUCUUAGAACAUCUUCAGGAAAUGAGAGAACAAAAGAAAAGGAUUCGAAAGAAACUUCGUGAUUUUGAAGACAAUUUUUUCAGACAAAAUGGAAGAAGUGUCCAGAAGGAAGACCGCACUCCUAUGGCUGAAGAAUACAAUGAAUAUAAGCACAUAAAGGCAAAAUUAAGGCUCUUGGAGGUGCUCAUCAGCAAGAGAGACACUGAUUCCAAGUCCAUGUAAGGGGCACAGCCCCAGCCGGCACUAAGGGGGCUGAAGGUGCAGGCUGGACUUGCUACCCGCCUCCCCUGGUAAAUAGCAUCUCUGCAAAACCCGGAUGGCAGCGUGGGAGCUGGACCUCAGAGCACACGGCCCUACUGCCUCCGGGCCUUUGGGAGCAGCUCCAGCUUCCAUCGCCUGUCUUAGAAGCUGUCUGCAUGGGAGAGGGUAACUUGCUCCGACUUAAGACUUUUGCAAGGAACAGUCAAGAUCCCACGGGUGCACGUGGAUACUGCAGGGGAAGGUUUACUAACGUUGGCCGUGCUGAAUCACUACGUUGAGACAUGCUCAUCUACAGAGAAUAUACACUAUUUUUCCCUGGAUAAUUGAGAAACAGGAGACCAUUCUCUGUCUAACUGUGAUGAAAACAAGCUCAAGACUUCCCUCUAGAGAACGAACUCGCUGUGCAGGUCCAUGUUCUCUUUCCCAGGAAAGUGGGAACACGUGCUGGAGCCCUGUUUGCUGCCUUGGCCAUUCUCGUGACCUUUCCACAGAGCUGCGCCUUUUCCCACCCGUGUGGAUCGUGCCCCUUUCUGUUCUCAGGAAGACGGAAGCCGUACCUGCCCAAAAUGGCAGUGCAGUCAUCUAUUUGAUGGUGUGUUUCUUCAAGACUCCCUCAGCUGGUGAAGCAUUUUGUUUCCUGACUAGGACUGGAUCAUCUGCAGAGGAUGGAGGGAAUGUGGCUAUAUUAAUGUUGAUUUUUAAUUCAGGCAACAGGGUGAAGAGCCUGGAAAAUUCUUUCCUGAACAUGGAUUGCACUUAUCAGUCUCAGAUUUUAACACCAAACACUGAGCAAGGCCAGCAUGCUAUGACAUCCUGUUUGGGGCUUGGUUUCAUUUGACUCUUACCAAACAUAAAAGAUCUUGCUUACUUCUUAGCUUAAGUGUUGAGGAUCAUGAGAGAGAGAAAGAGCGAGCCUGUGUUCUAAACCUUCUGAGUACUUACCAGAGUUUAAUUUUUUUUUUUUUUAAAGUAAACCUGCACUAAAAUCCCCUGAGGGGUAAAUGUAGCCCUCAGAACUCAGCCGAAGGCAGAAUCUAAAU